GGGACGUAUGGAGGAGCAGCGUUGUUCUCUACCCUCUAGCACCCCUGUCACACCCACACACAAUGGCAGUGCUUUAAAUAACAUGGGCAGAGGUGCAGAGACUGAUGUAUUCUCUAGAAGUCCUGAAAGGCAGCUGAAUAAUCAACGUGCAGAUCCCCCUGUCCUACCCAGGACAAGUGGGACAUCAACUGAAAAACGAAAGGCUGUUUACACAGAAGAUGCAUUACCUAAAAAAGCACCACAGAUAACUGUAACACAAAGUACACCAACCACAUCAAAGAAGGAAUUCUCAAGACCUUUAUCCAUGCAGCAGGAGUAUGUUGAACCCACUUCAUUGAGAUCCCUUCCAAAAUCUGCCUCAUACAGUCAAGAGACAUCACCAGUGCAGCUAACAGUUAGAGUGUCCAUGAGCUUUUCAUCCUUACAGGGACUGAUGAACCCUGACCAACCCAGAAGCUUCCCAGAGCUCUUCUUGACUCUUGGAGCACCUGGAGAUAACCUAGUGAUUCCUCUGAGCCCAGUCCCUGGAAGACGCCUUUCCCUCAGUCUCAACCUUAUCCCAAAAGAAGAGGCGGAUAUGAAACAAACUCCUCCAAACCAUCCAAGUCCCUGGAAAUCUCACUCUGGACCACCAUCUCCUACAGUCAGGAUGCCCACUCACUCACCAUCAAGCCCCCAAGGCAAAUCCAUGCUUGUGGCUAUUACUCAGGCUGUGAAAGGUCAGAGAGCUCCUGUUAGAAAGGGCAACAAAGUAAAAGUAAAGAAUAAGCCCACUCAAGAUAAGGGGAAAAAGGUUAUGAAGAAAGAUAAGAGUGGAAAUAAACACAAAACAGGUUGAGCCAAUUAUUAUGAUUAAAUAUAAUAUAUAUUCUUCUUCUUCUUCUAAUUAUUAUUAUUAUUAUUAUUUUAUUAUUAUUACAGAUGAAAUUUUAAGCCUUUUUAUUUUAGCCACAAAGGUUGGAACAAUAAGGAUGAAUGUUUAUAAAUAAUGUCAAUCUGUAGAAUAAUUUAACCAUCAUUGUUAUAUUUUGGUUUAAACAUGCAAGACUGUAGCCAUAUUUUCUCCUAACGUUUGCUUGGUCAUUUGUUGAUUCAUCAGGAGUUCUUUUCCUCCCCAAUGUAGCAAUGUUAUUGUGUUGGCUUUAUUCAUUGCCAAAUUACCUAAAUGUGUCGUUUAAUGGGACUACAAUGUUUUUUUUUGGUUUUUUUUUAAUGUCACAGUACAAUGGGAGGGGAAAUUAGGGAUCUAUUGUUACAUAAAUAAAUAAAUGAAAGACUUUUAGAUACUUCAACAAUAAUAAGAAGAGACAGUGUUAAUGUUAUUUUUGUUUAUUUAUCAUAUACACAAGAUUUUUCA